GCCUCCUGCCCUCCCCCCACCAAAAACAAACAAGCUGUGUCAGGCAUACGUGUUUGACAUACGAGCCACUCGGGCAGUUCAGUUGCCAUAACGGAAUACAAUUGUACAUCUUGAAAGGUGAUGCACCGGUUCGCGUCUCACCCGUCUUCCCCGCUCCUUUGAGGUCAGCUGGUUUCUGCAGGAAUAAAGAGGACGCCACCGGCAGGACACGUCAACCACGAGGUCGAGGUACUACUUUGUAAUACGAAGUCGUUCUGCCAAACGCUGUUGAUACUGCGUGCCUGCGUACGUAGGCAGAGCUAGGCAGAGCAAGGAACUGCCAGCGAAGGACAGGCCUACUACGUCCCCUUGCCUGAAGUCGAAUCUCGAAACAGCACGGGUCCAUCAAAGGCCAGCCAGACAGUUGGACCCCUGGGCACUGACUGGCCCGCCUUCCCCCCAACUUCAAGGGUGAUAGCACUCCACCGUCAGCGUUUCAUCCACCUCACCAACAAAACCCCAACGCCAGCGAUUUCUCCCCUGGCCAUCUCCAUCAUUGGCAUCUCCUCCAGUUUUGUCCUUCGGAUCGCCCAAUAUGUCUGGCAGUCACGCUGUUGGAAACCGGAACAGCACUCCUGAAGCCAACACCGCAUCCUCUCUCCGACCUCCAUCCUCACGAACGGUAGGGGCCGGCCAUCACUUACGAGCCUCUGCCGACAUGGCUGCUCUCUCCGGAUCUUCUCCGUCAAACCGGAUUCGCCCCUCGUCCGAUUUCUACGGGCAGUCCCAACAGGGGCAGGGACAGAACAACCAAGAAGGGGACGCCCAGGACAAGAUUGCCCAACAGUGGAUCGCUGACAUCGAUCAAUAUGAGACAACGCUCGAGGACAUGGCUGCAGCUACACUCGACCAGGACUUCAAGGAUGAACUGAGUGCCAUCGAACAAUGGUUCCGCGUUUUGAGCGAAGCUGAACGGACUGCUGCGCUCUAUGCCCUACUACAGCAAACGACGCAGGUCCAAAUCCGGUUCUUCAUACAGGUAUUGCAACAGAUGGGCAAGAGCCACCCUAUGUCGGGGGUCUUAUCUCCAGCCAACUUUGACAAAGGUGAGCCCGCCACUAGCGAAUCCCCCCCCCCUCUCGAUCCGAUGUCGAAUCGCUUGAGUGACGCUAUGAACAAGCUCAACGUAGACUCGGCCCGAAACUCCAUGGCAAGGCCUGCCAGCACCGCUACGGGCAAGCGUUACUCAGGUCUCGAUCCAUCGACUAUUAACGCUAUGUUUCCUGAUGCUGCGGCAGCCAUAGCCACCGAGAAGGCAAAGUUCACACAACAGACGGGUAACCCCCCUUCUUCGAAUCGGAACAGUGCUGUCGGGGAUGCUCGCUCGGCACUCGGCGCGCCAACGAUUGCAGGCCCUGCAGAGGGUCAUGACCAGAACAGUCAGGCUCCCAGUUCUCCGUGGCAUUCGGGGGACCAAAGUGCCGCUCGCCCUAAGUCCUCUGCUGGACAACCUCCGAUGGGUCAAUUUGUACAACCUCCUCCAUCAGCUGGUCUCCGGUCCCCUCGCCCGCAACUCAUCAGCAACUCAACGAUUCAGAACACAACUCUGACGACCUCUGACAAGACUGCCGAUCUGCCAUUGUUGUCUCCUUACAACACGGGAAGUGGCAACUGGGCUUCAAUGGUCAAUACGCCAAUGGUACCGAAUUUCAACACCGCAAACCCGAAUGGUUCGGCUCCUGGGGGUUCGCAAGCCGACAUGCUCGCAAAUGCCACCGCAAUGAAGCUUGCUGCACUCUCGACCGUCAACAACCGCUUCGCUCUCGACGACGUACGAAAGUAUCGGCGUGCCCGAUCGAAUGACGCGCCGGGUGGCCCCAUGUCGGCCGGUCUGACACCAGGGCAACAAGGCGUCAAUAUACCUGGCACGAAUGUUGUGAUGGUCAACGAACAUGGCCAGGUCCUGAGUAGGGAGCAGAUGUUGGCACUGCAGGCUCAACAGCUUCAACAGGCCCAGCAGCAGAACAUCGCCCUUGGUGGUCAUCGUUCUCGUCCAAGCUCUCCUGGCUUAGCGAUGCAGCAAGCUGGAUUCGGCCACAUGCCAUUCACGUCUCCGCAGAACAACGGCUUCUUGAGCGCUUACGAUGGCCAGCCCUCUCUGCUAAACAACGCCAUUCCCUCGCUGAACAUCGGCCAAUUCGGGGUUGGCGGUCAUGAGGGAUACCUCUCGGAUCAUUCUGAUAUGGUCCGAGGACGUUCCCCGCGAGGACGUCGAGGAAGCUCGAAACCACCCGAGGACCCCACCGACCCUACAUUGUUGCAAGAUAUCCCAAGCUGGCUCAGAAGUCUACGGCUCCACAAGUACACUGAUAACCUCAAGGACAUGAAAUGGACUGAUUUGAUUGAGUUGGAUGACAAGGCUUUGGAAGAUCGAGGCGUGAACGCCCUGGGAGCGCGAAGAAAGAUGCUCAAAGUCUUCGAACAAGUCAAGGAUGCCAAAGCCGACGGCAAGCUUUAAGGCUGGCUCAGUUGGCGAGCACGGUGCCGCUCGGCACUGGCUGGUCUCCCGAAGGUCCUCGUACGUGCCCAUGCAGAACUUACGCAGGACGUUUCGCUGUACAGAUAAUCAUAGAGUACCUUAUGGCGGCUGGUUCGGAAGGUGUAGAACAUGGAAGAAGGGAUUUGACACAUGCAGACAAUUUCCUGGGUACCUUGUGCAGGUCACCACCACAUUACAAUAUUUACCUACCUUAGGUACCUAGGCAACUUGCUCUUCCCUUGCAAUAUAGCGCAACGUCAAAAGUCUAAAUCCACCU